AUGGAUCAAUCUGGUUCUAACAAGGCAUCCGCUGAGCAAUUGAAUAGCUCGACUCAACUGCCGCCAACACCAGGAAAAGCGCCACCCCCUGGUCAAUUCCCAUUCAAUCCGUUUCACAAUCCUUCGAACGAAACCUCCAACGAAAAUUGGUACAAGAUUCAAUCGAUGAUGACCAAUAGUGAUAUGCGUGUAUUUCUUCAACACGACUUCGAAAGCAAGUGGGAGUCUAUCAAGUGUUACGAAUACUACCGAAUCAUUUUAUACUUCAAUCCUGCGACCAAGUCCCGCCCGAACCACAAGAAAUCCCUGUUGUACAAAGCCUUCAAGGACGAGGUCUACCCAAUUCUAAAGCCUCAUGUGCUACCCGUGCCACCUACUCCAAUGGACACUGAGCAAAAAGUUCGCAAGGAUUUCAAUCCACUCAGCCGACGAGUCAGGAAAGACCAGCUUGUCACUGCGGUCCUAGAUUCCCGACCUGUGACUACGAUACCUAAGAAUUCUGACAUCGGAAGCUUACUUUAUCUGUACCGAGAGCAUGUCGACAAGGAUUUGAAGAUACCUGGCGAUUCAGAAUUCGUUCGACCACCCAAUGUUGUACAUCGUGAUAAUGUCAAGGAACUCUUGAUGGAAGAGCUCCGAAUGAGCUUGCAGGAACAUGCUCCGCACGUGUUCAUUCAUUCCACACCAAUGUCACACACAGUCCUCGUCAAUCUGUACAUCAAGUUUGUGUUAGAUGAGCCAGUAGAGCCAGGCAUGGUGGUUCGUGGGUUUCACUACUCGCUCCUGCGUAAAACCCCUUGA